AGAAAAAAGUGUUUUACGAUACACCCUUUGAAUACGAAAUAUUGUGUUUCUUUUUUUUUUUGUUGUUGCUUCUUAUUUUUUCGGUGAUAAAAGAAGUGUUUCCACAGCGGAGAAGUGUAUAAUCAGCGAAAGAAGAUUAUAUCGUUCAUCAUCAAGGAUAGCGAGUUGAACAUGUGAACUUUUUUAAACGUUCGAUUUGAUGAUCCUUCAAGAAUACUUUCGAUUAUCAAUCUCAUUUGUAAUCUACGAUAUUAUUUUCAAAUCACAUACGUCUGAUUUUCUAAAUCAAAUCCAUUUCGUAUUAAUUCCGCUAUUUUUCAUUUCUCACUCUCUCCCUCUCUCUAUCUCUCUCUCUCUUUCUCUCUUUCUCUUUUUCUAUCUUUCUAUCUGUCUCUGUCUCUCUUUCUAUAUCAAUGACGUAUGAUCGAAGUUCGUACGAGGAAAUAUGUUUGACUUGAUACUAUCGAAAAGUCGAAGAAGAAGGAAAAUAACAAGAUAGUGAAAAAGAGAGAGAAAGGUAAAGAACAAGCGAGAAGAAGAUAGAGAUAAAGAUAGAGAUAACGAUAACAAAGGAAAGAAGAUAGAAGAAAAGGAAGAAGAAAUAGAGGAAAAGAGAAAUCUCGUUGAUCGUAAAAGAGGAAGAAAGAAGUAGUAAUAGCGCAGCAACAGCAAUAGUAAAAGUAGCAGUAAUAGUAGUAGAAAAAGAAGAAGAAGGGGAAGAAAAAUAACAACAACAAUAACAAGAACGUAUACAACGUUGCGGCAAGUCCGCGUAAAUCGUCGAGACGAGCGAUGACGCGAGAGUUUUAACGUAAGCGUUAGUUUAUUUCGGAUGUAUAUCACCGAGGAUGAUAGUGGGGAGGACGGCGGUUGCCGUCUGAUCUCCGUCCGUCAGUGCGUCGACGUCGACGGAACACGCGAGAACUCGUGGCCAGAAAAGAGACGAGCACCGCCACCUCCACCACCACCGCCACCGCCACCGCCACCACCGCCGCCGCCACCGUCGUCAUCGUCAUUGACUUUACCAUCUUCUCUUUCUCCUCUUUCUGCUACUUCUAUUCCUCCUCCUUCUAAUUCUCUUCCUACCGAAUCAUUUUUAACAUCCAACAAUGUCAACGAAGAGAAGAAAAUAAACGAAAGAGGAUAUUAUUCGAACGAAAGGAUUACCACUGCCUCCCAUUUAUCGGAGAAUUUUAAUUGUACGUCAUUAGGGUCGAUGAAAAAGUUUGAUUUACGUUUGAAUUCGUCGAGAAUCGAUAGAUCUAAAGAUCAACGAGUUACGAUCAACGAGGAUUUAUCGUCGAGAAGGAUAAAAGUAUCACGCUCGUUGGAUAUUCUCGACGAAGGUAACAAUAAUAAUAAUAAUAACAACAACAACAACAACAACAACAACAACAACAACAAUGAGAACGGAUUGACGUUUGAAGGGAAACGUACGACCAUACUGAAUCUAUGUUAUCGUGACACUUUGACACGAGCUACGAGGAACAACGUGACGAAAUCAAAGUCCUCGUCGAUUUUAAAGAUCGUUCCGAAUAACGUCGAUCAACGUCGUGUCCUAAGGCGUACACUUUCGGCACCUGGUUCAGAAUCAAUUAACGAGGAUUGCACGCAUGAGAAUUUAUCAAAUACAAACUUGAAAAUCAUCGACGAGAUCGUACUGCAAUCGGCUACGAGAUAUCGUACGAGAAACGAUACAUUAUCAACGUUUAAUACAACGAGAACACGUGCCUCGUCGUUCGUUAUUGAACGUAGGAAACAUCGUAAGUGUUCACGUCUUUAUUCCUCAAGAUCAACCGAGGAUCUAUCUACGGGGAUUAGAAAGAGAAACGAAUAUACUGAGUUUAUAACGACGACGGAGGCCGAUGGAAUGCGGAACUGUAGCAACGCUGUCGCUGGCGUCGACGAGGACGAAGGAUGCGUCCUCGUUGGUGUACGUUCUCUACACGAGGAUGGUACAGGACCAACCGAUACCACUUUACGAUCUACUAACACAUUGAUAAAUUCACGACAGGACGACAGAUGUACAAGAAGGGAUCGCGAACGUGCUAGGAUAUUAAGACGGCGAAGGAUCAAUGGAAGAUCGGCUUCGGUUCCUAGACUAAACCGAACGAGAAGAAGAAGAAAAAGAAGAAGAAAUAGAAAGAAGUGUUACAAUGAACUGACUGACAAUAAGUUCGAUUUUCGAUUGGGUUUAUUCUCCAUCGUUCUAUAUCUUUAAUAAUCCUUUCUCGAU